AUGGACAAACUCUCAGCGAAGCGGCGACGGGACGAUGGCGAGGACGAGGAAGACGACGACUACAUGUCGAUGUCCUUCGUGGAGGAGCCCCAGACGAAAAGGGAGACCUUUGCGCAGAAGAAGCUCCGGAAGCUGCGAGAGGCAGAAGAGAGAGCGCGAGUCCCAUCAAAGGCCGAACUGGCUGCCGCAGAAGCUGCACGGCGCGAGGCCGCGCUUGCAAAGAGCACGCUCGAUGCGUCCAACAAGGGCUUCAAGAUGAUGGCCAAACUGGGCUACAAACCCGGCAGCGCUCUUGGCAGGCAGAAUCCAGGCGGGUCUGAAAGUGACGAGCCGGAUCAACGGCUGCGAGAACCCCUGUGGGUAUCGGUGAAGGAGAAUCGUGGUGGAAUAGGACUGGACUCGGAAAAGAAGCGGAAACUGCGUGAGGAGUUUGAGGGAGAGGCCAGACGUGAUAAGGCGGUUGAGAGUGACUUUGUGGAACGUGUGAGGGCCGAGAGGGAGGAGAAGAGGCAGGAAGGCCAGUUCCAGGCUGCGCAGAGGGUGAUUGAGCGGCUGGAGGAAGAUACAGAUACAGAUACAGAUACAGAUGGCGGCAGCGGGCCGGCUUCGGGGGAUAAAGUUGAAGAGAAAGAGAAAAGCCGGCCCAAGGCUCGGGUGAAUGUCCUUUACCGCGGACUGGUACGGGAGCGAGAGGCAGCACUACGAGAGAAACAGGCAGCUCGUCGACGGUAUGAGUCGUUGUCUGCACGGGACUGUUCGCAGAUAUACUCGGAAAAAGACCCGAAGCUGCCGUCCCUGGCGGACGACGAGCUGGAGGCAGACGAUAGACUGGCACUGGGUCGCACGGCUGAAGGCGAGGUGGUGGAAGUGGAAGCUGACGAGGACGAGGAGGACGAGGAGCUGGCUGCCUUUGAAGCGCUGAGCGUACAGGAGCGGCUGAGCCGGGCUGUGGCGUAUCUGCGCGAGGAGUAUAACUAUUGCUUCUGGUGCAAGUUCCGGUAUGAGUCGACGGGCAUGGAGGGCUGUCCGGGGCUGACGGAGGAAGACCACGAUUGA